AUUCUUUAUCCAUUUGUUUAUUUUUUCAAAUAGAAUUUUAUUUUAUUUUUGGAUAAAUAUGCUUGAUAUUUUCAUUAUCAAUUUGAAUAAGCCUUUGAAAUUCGCUUCAAUUUUAUUUAUUUUUUCUGUUGCGUUUUUCUUCCGGAGAAAGAAAAUUUAAGAAAAUAGAUUUUUUUUGGCUGCUUAACCUAAUUAUUUAUCUUUAAAAAGAAAGCAUUAUUUGCUAGGGUUUGAAAUUUGAAUCUGAUUUCUGGGAUUUAAGGAUGGGAAAGAGGAAAUCAAGAGCAAAGCCUGCUCCUAAGAAGCGAAUGGAUAAGCUUGAUACCGUUUUCAGUUGUCCCUUUUGUAACCAUGGCACCGGUGUCGAAUGCCGCCUUGACAUGAAGAAUUUGAUCGGCGAAGCCUCAUGCCGGAUUUGCCAGGAAAGCUUCAGCACCGUUAUAACAGCUUUGACCGAAGCAAUAGACAUAUACAGCGAAUGGAUCGAUGAAUGUGAACGGGUUAACAACCUUGAAGACGAUGAUGGAGACCAAGACGAAGGUUUCAUGCCUAGAAAACGGGUUUCGACCUGCGAUUGGGAUUAGCAAUUGCCAUAACCAGGUAUGUUUUAGAACUUACUAAGCCUGUAAUUAUGUUAGCUCCCAUGACCAAUCAUUCUUAUUAUGCUGAUAUGCACAUUCAACAGCAUCUUACAAUGAAUAGUCUUAAGUGAUUGAUUGAAUGGUGAAGGAGCCACAUGGUUGAAGAGAUAUUCUAACUAUGUUUUCGUUUUGUAUGAACUAUAAUGCAUGUUGAUGUAAUGCAAAUAUACUAUGACCUAUUAGGCAUGGUAUUGGAUGAAUAUUUGCAACUUUUAAUUAUAUUAUCUACUAAUUAUUCGAA